AUGGCGGCAGAAGUUGAUGAUGAUCCGGCGAUCUCGCAGAACUCUGAGUUAUCUUCUUUUCGCUCCUUCAAACAAGCUGGUUUGGACAGACGACGGCCUUCGUAAGUUUAUGUUUUUCUCCCCUAUACUGUCAGAGCCUAUUACAGUCUCGCGAGACACGCAAGAAACUUCAAAUCCAUGAAAUGAACAAGAUGGCGGCAUGAUAGAGCUUGCUGUCAUGUCGUUUUCAAUAGAUCAGCGCGUCAGUGUUUCCUUUUAGACUCUAGAAAAUUCAAAACUUACUCAAGGCUCGAUAUCACUUCUUCUAGUUUGGGCCGGUUUUGGUUAUAGAGCUAAGAGCCCUUGAUGAAUUCCAUGAGCAGUGUAAAAAGCGAUUAUGUCUUAAACUCGACCUUCUCAUUACAAUCUGAAAUUUUACCCAAUAAAUUGAUGCUAUGUUGAUAAACUCGAUCUGCCUGUGCUAGAUUUGAGGCUUCUUACCUGCAGCAAGAUUUACACAGAACUCAAUAAAUGGUAACCAUUCACAUAAUUUACUUGAAAUUGCUCAAAAUGAGGCAUCAAAAAGACCUGGAUUGGACCAUAUCAGAUCAACCCCUGUAACUCACUAAAUGACAGAAGGUAAGGGAUAGGGUUACUGGAAAUGAUCCGAUCCAGUCCAAUCUACGUUUUGCCAACGGUGUCAGCCAAUGGUAAGCUAGUACAUGCUAGCUACAGCUUGCCCAAAUGGCAAGCUGUAAAACUGACUUCCUUUAAAUUUGCAUCCUGGGCCUCUAAAAUGGAAGGCACAAAAGUAAAGGGUAAGUCAAGGGGUGGUCUGGGAAAAUGAUCAGUGUUCUCCUUAAAUUUUAGCUCUGCAGGUAAUUGGCCAUUCAUGGCCGGUAAGGCCAAAAAAAUGUGUGUCAGAGUCACACUUUCCAUGGGAGAAGAAGGGGUAGUGGAGUGAGGGACAUGGCCCCACCCUUGCUGAGAAAUUUAGGAGCUAAGUUCUCUACAACAUCAUUCCCUUAUUUUAAGACAUAUUUUACGCAAAUCAGCCUAUAUCUUUAGACAACAAUUUAAAACAUUUGAUUCUGAUAACGAUUACAUGUAUAGUGAGUACUUUUCCAUCAUUUCCUUGUGAGAGUCGGAUCGGAUCACAACUUGAGUAUUUUUUUAAACUACUUAUUUAAUUUUAGUAAACCUUCAAGUGGUUUCAGGCGGUAAGAAGUGUUGCUUCAAGCAGUAAAUUUUAACAGUUACUGCCUGAUAAGGAGAACACUAAAUGAUAUCAAGAAAAUGCUUCAUUCACUCUCAAGGAAUGGGUUUUGAAGUUGAUUUUUUAGAUUUGUUUUGUCUGUGAACCUCAAAAUAAUACUAGGUCUUGGCAAGUAUUAGAUUUUACCACGUAAGGUGUGGCUGCAUUGUGUUUUGGUGGACCAUAAAUUUCCGAAGUGUUUAAACAUUUUUUUUUGUCUUGUAGAAAACGCCAGACAACUGUGAGAAGUUUUAAGAUCAAAACAAGCUGGAGCAGUGAUGCAUCAUCCACUGCCAACACUAUUAUCUCCAGUCAAGUAAGAACAAAUUGCCAUCCUUUUAUCCAUUCAUUUCUUAAUCUUUUCAUUUUGUAUGAUGUGAUGCAGAAGUAUUUGCUUUCACAGCGUCCCUGUAAAUCCAAGGUUUAAAUAAAGUUGAUCUUUAUAUGUAUAACAGAGGAAAAAGCUUGUAGCAUUACCAGUCUUUUGUCUUCAUCACCAUUACAGCCUUUUUCAGGGUUGUACGAGUGUUUGUAUUCCCUUAGUUCUGGUACCUCAGCCUGCUUGCAAGAUUUUCAGCAGUUCAUGUGUGUUUUUUCUAUUCACUAUUUUGUAUGAGUAGCAUUUUUGCACAAGCAAGUGUUUUAUAUUUUUUUACAGUGCUUUUGCUUCCCUUCCCCCCAUGUCUCCCUUUGCAAAAAAUGAUUGUUAGAAUUUUCCACUGAUUCCUUUGGUUUCAAAGUGAUGGGCCCUGGUGAAAUUCUAAGUAUGUGGCCCUGCUGUUAGCUACAUUGCCUGUUGUGAAACCACUUUAUAGCUGGUGUAUCUCCUAAGGAUUGGCUUUAUGGUGCGAGGUUCUGACCUACAUUUUGCAAUGUUGGUGUUAAUACGUGCAAAUUUUAAAUUACAGGACAGGCCCCUGUUGUUCAAAAGUUUGAUAGUGCUAUCCACUGCUUAAAUCACUAUCAGUUGAAUAAGUGUUGGGGAAACCAAUUGCAUUAUCCACUGUAUAGAGAUUUAUCCAGUGGAUAGUGUUAUCCAGUCUUUGAACAACUGUACCCUGGUUUAUACAUAGUCAGUCUGUCUAUUCAGUAAUAAUGUUAGUAAAUCUCCGCUAGAAUUCUAUGGAAUCCCACAUUCUGAUUGGCAGAUGUAACUUAUUGCAGGUACUUAAUUUUGCAGUAACUGUACCCUGGUUUAUACAUAGUCAGUCUGUCUAUUCAGUAAUAAUGUUAGUAAAUCUCCGCUAGAAUUCUAUGGAAUCCCACAUUCUGAUUGGCAGAUGUAACUUAUUGCAGGUACUUAAUUUUGCAGUCUUAAGUUUUGUGUUUUUUUUGUAAUUGUAAAAAAUCAUGAAAUUAAAGAUUCACGAAUAAAAAGCCUCACGAAAUUUCAACACGUAAAAUUUAAUACUCAUAAAGAAAACUCAAAUCACAGAAAAACUGAUUAACACCAAGAGAUGUAAGUGUAAUGAAGCUAAAAUCCUGACAAAUGUGUUUUACCUGAGGAGGAAAGCUUUAUCGGGUGGAAAGCGGUGAAACAAUACCAACAUUUAAAUUGAUCAGUCCGCCCUUGUGAAAGAAUUUGCUGGAGAGUUUGAAUGUUUUGUUUUUCACUACCCUUGAAAAAUAUCAACACUGUUCAGUCCUCAACCUAUGACCCUGUUGUGAAAAAGAAAGCAACAUUUGUUUUCAUUGAAAAAAGGAUAAAGUAUAAUAUUUCUUCAAAAAUCAAGGUAGAAGCCUGAUAAAAAGGCUAAGAAAUAAGCUGAAAAACUUAUAGAUUGAGACAACAUACGCGAUAACUUGUACUGCGAUUAGAUUGUGUGACUUGUGUGAGAGUCUGUUGUCUGAAAAGGAGAACAACAGUCCCCUUUUCCUGAAUUACAAGAGAAACAUUCAAGCUACCAUCAAAGUCAAUUUUAGAUCCUGUGCUUUGAUUCCGGUAGGAUAUUCAAGGAAAAAUGCUGUACUGCUUGGUAUCCUCUUGGUCGAAUCAUGAUAGCCGAAUCAUGACUGCGGAAUCAUGUCUAAAAAUCCAGGUGUAUAGUACACAGCUCUGAAAUCAACUGUAAUGCUAGUCUUCAUUUACGUGACUGCACAAUGUAGCUACUUCUUUUGUUCAUAUGACAUAAUGUGACUGCGCGAUGUGGUCAUUAUGUCAGCCCACAAAUGACUUGCUCAUCACUAGAGUUCUCAGAUCAGUAGCUCAGUGGUUAGAGCAUCUGACUAGUGUUUGGAAGGUGGUGGGUUCAAUUCCCAUCUGGAACUCAGAAUUUUUUUCUGAGUUCUUCUCUCCACACAUAUCAUUCUAUUUAAUAUUUUUGUCUACAUAUAUAAAUACUUUUCAAACCAAACUUAAUUAAAAAAUUUGGAACCUUUUUUCUCUGUUGUUUUGUUUGUUUGUUAACUUUAUGUGUUGUUGUUGUUUUUUUUUUUGUACAGGGGUCAUCUACUGAUCUUCCAAGGACACAAGAACUAUCUACAAUUGCCCCAAGUCCAGUUCAGCUUCCAUUAGAGACGUCUACUACAUCAAACUCAAGGUCUACUGUACCAAAACAUACAGCAGCACUUGAUCCUGAACCACAAGAUACCAGCAGUUCUUCUGUUGUUGAGUGGGCAAGCCCUGUAAAUGUUUUACCUGAUCCUAUCCAGAUGCCAAUCAUCCUUAGGUCAAGGGCGCCUCGUGAAAGUCCAAGUUCAAUUGUAUUGGAGAGUCCGCAAGCUCAUUUAUUACAAACAGGUGUGAUCAUUUUUCUUACAGAAAUGGGCACAAAAAAUGUUCUAACUGAUCAGCAUGCAAAGAAAGUCGAGUCCGAUAGCCGAGGGCCAGUGGAUAUUGCUAUCGGCCUAGUGAAUUCUGUUCUUAAUUGCGUAACAGGCAAAUGAAUUUUUUCGGGUACAGUACAUGUAAUUCAAAUAAGAGAAGAACAGGAAACCUGUUAUCAAUCCUGCUCAUCCAAUUUUUUUUUUCCAGCUAGUGAAAAUGAUGUUCGGGCUAGUAUGUGCUAACUACAGCUUGCUCGACUAGAAAGCUGUAAAACUGACUUUCUUUGCAACCUGCCCGAUACCUCAGAAUCAGGUGUCACAGAAAUAUUAUGAACCUUUCUUAAAUUUUUUGUGCAAAAAUUUGGGUAUUUAAUUAAUUAAUUUAUUUAUUUAAUUAUUCUACUUCCACUGUUGUGUGCAGUUUGUAAAAAUGUUAUUACCGUUUUGAUUCACUGGUAAAGUAAUAUUAUUGUAAUAUCAUUAUUUACUGGUCGUGUUGCUGACAAGCAAAUAUUAUUUUUUAUUAACUGAGCAAGCAAAAUUUCAUUUCGUUAUUAUAAUGAAACAUGGCCAGCUGCUGCAAUUAAUGUUCCUGUGAUAUCUUUGACAGAUGAAGCAGCAAGUGUUAUUAAAAUACCAAGUCCAUCGCAAAAGGUACAAGACAGUUUUAUUAUCUUUUAAAUUUUGCCAGUUUUAUAUACUCCGUUUAUAUAAUAUACUACAAAAGAGGUCAAAGAAAAUUUCAUGAUCAACUCCACAGUUCAGUAGUUAAUAAAUUAAUUUAAAUUUUUUUUUGCUACAUGCUGAUGAUCAUCUUCAACCUUUAACUGAUUCCUCGUCUCUGUUUGAGAAGACACCACUGUCUGGUCCUGGAAAAUUAAAGGCAAAAAGAGGCAGAAAAAGGACAAAAGAUGACGCUGAAUCAAAAACAACUGAGGAAGAGGAUUCUCUAGAAAAUGAGUACAGAGGUAAUAAUAACAAAAAUAAUAUUAAUGAAAUUUAUGGCUACUGAUAUUACUGUUUAACUCAAAAAAAGCUUUUUCAAAACGACUUCAAGACUGCAGUCAAUAAUUUACAACCAAAAGUGAAGAACAGAAAAUUAUGGUAACAAAAUAAAUCAAAGUGAUUUAGGUACAGUUUGGUACAUCACUUUGUACAUCAUUCAUUCACUUUUAAGUGGCCAUGAUGGACAGGUUAUUUUAGUGGUUGUUGCCACUCUGGAGAGGUAGCCAUAUGCGUCAUAAAGAGCUUAUAACAUGAUUCAAUGAAUAAUGUACUCAAANUAAUUUAAAUUUUUUUUUGCUACAUGCUGAUGAUCAUCUUCAACCUUUAACUGAUUCCUCGUCUCUGUUUGAGAAGACACCACUGUCUGGUCCUGGAAAAUUAAAGGCAAAAAGAGGCAGAAAAAGGACAAAAGAUGACGCUGAAUCAAAAACAACUGAGGAAGAGGAUUCUCUAGAAAAUGAGUACAGAGGUAAUAAUAACAAAAAUAAUAUUAAUGAAAUUUAUGGCUACUGAUAUUACUGUUUAACUCAAAAAAAGCUUUUUCAAAACGACUUCAAGACUGCAGUCAAUAAUUUACAACCAAAAGUGAAGAACAGAAAAUUAUGGUAACAAAAUAAAUCAAAGUGAUUUAGGUACAGUUUGGUACAUCACUUUGUACAUCAUUCAUUCACUUUUAAGUGGCCAUGAUGGACAGGUUAUUUUAGUGGUUGUUGCCACUCUGGAGAGGUAGCCAUAUGCGUCAUAAAGAGCUUAUAACAUGAUUCAAUGAAUAAUGUACUCAAAGGUAGAUUGAGUUUGAUCGUCUGGGUGAACGUAGUCCUGAAUAGGACUGUUUUUGUUGACACUGACUGACGUUUUUGACUCUGAAGAUGACUACUGCUCAAGUUGUCAAAACGUCAGUCACUGUCAACAAAAACAGUCCUAUUCAGGAAUAUGUUCACCCGGAUGAUUAAACUCAACCUACUUAUGAAAUGACUCCUGGGUUCAAACCUUUCACAGAAUAAAGUACUGUUCACCAGGCCAAAAUUGUGGCCGUGGUAGAGAGGUACGUGGCCAUUAGCAGAGGUUCAACUGUGGCAAAAAUUUCCCAUUUUCAUUUUUACCAUCAGAAAUACGAGGUUUUAAAGAGUAAGAUAAAAAAUAAAGAACUCAAGGUCAAGAUGAUAAUGGAAAUUUCCUACUUUUCCCACUCUAAUUUAAUUAUUUCUUUCUCCAGAAAAUAAUUUUGUGAGAUUGUUUAAUGCGGAUCAAGGACGGAAGAAUAGCAUCUCAGAGAUCACAGAUCUUGAUGUUAUUCUUACUGCAAUAGAGGAAGAGGCCCUUGAUAUCAGGUGAUUAGUAAAUCAAUCUACUCUAGUAACAAUAACAGGCGAGCUUGGACAAGCAAAACGAGCUUGUAACUUCCUGCAGACAGGCGUGCAAAUUUCUUGUUAGCAGCUUUACAUCUUCCAUUGUCACACAAUAGUUUCUGAUUCAAAUUCUGCAUGCUCAUGUCUAGUAUAAGCGUAAUGUUGUAACAAACUUUUCAUUGGCCAAUUUAUUUGAGGAGUGAUGCUUUGCCAUGAACUGUCAGAAAAUAAGAUACCCUGGAACCCAGGGUAGGAAAAUUUCUGUUCCUCAAUCCAUUUAAUAUAUAUAUUUUUUUGCAUUUGUUUAUUAUCAUAGUGCUUGGGUGCGAUCCUCCUUAUAAAGUAAGAUAUCUCAGCUCAGAUGUUGAAAAAUAAAGCUACUACUAACUGCUGUUUUUUUCAUCAACACGUUAAACUUUUUCAUUGGGAGAGUGGCUUAAGGUGCCCAUCACCUAAAAUUUUUUACUUUCUUAUCUGAAACUAUACCUUAUUAAAAUAACUUCUGCGAAAAAAUUUUGCAGUUUGAACAAAACGUGAUUUUUUUACCAAUUUUUGAAGUCUACAUUUUUGCGGUACACUUGCGCUGCUGAUCAUGCAAACUAGCAAGCUCACAUAUGACGUCAUGUGAUGUAAAUUAAGAGACUCGCAUUACCUUGCCUUCACCAGCUGUACACAAAAAAGAUAAAUUUCAAGUAAGGAUUGAAUCACAAUGUCUUCAUAAGAAGAAAGUUUUUCUGAAAAAGAAAAACCUAUCAGAACUCUUAAUGUUUUCCUGUCGAUAAGGUCACAUGUUCCUUANCUUCACCAGCUGUACACAAAAAAGAUAAAUUUCAAGUAAGGAUUGAAUCACAAUGUCUUCAUAAGAAGAAAGUUUUUCUGAAAAAGAAAAACCUAUCAGAACUCUUAAUGUUUUCCUGUCGAUAAGGUCACAUGUUCCUUAAAGUACAUCAUAGUCCGAGAGAAGACUAAGACGAAUGGUGUGUCAAAAUGGCGGCAAAUUUGAACGUUUUUAAAAAAUUCUAAAAAAAUCGUCUUUGGCUCAAAUCGCAAAAUUUUUUCGCAGAAGUUAUUUUGAUAAGGUGUAGUUUCAGAUAAGAAAAUAAAAAAUUUUGGGUGAUGGGCACUUUAAGGCAAUAAGUGUCUUUAGGCUUACUAUGUGAUCUAAAUAUUUUUAAAUCAAACUUUUCCCGUGGAAGGAUUAUUUUGCAGCUGCCACGCGGGCCAACUACAUUAUCAAAUACUGUAUUUAGAUAAUCAUUCAGUGAAAAUAUAGGGCCAAUAACUCCACGCAAUAAUUUUGUAUUCAUUCCAAAUCAACUUCCAAUUCUGUUCGCCAGAUGACCUUCCCCUCCACGCAAGAAUCAGCCCCAUGAAGCGAGGGUGGGACACGCAAAGUUUUCUUGGAGCUCCAUCCACCAUUUUGUCCUUUUUUGACAUAGAUGAGACUCAUUUCUUGAUUGGGCGUUUCACUCACAGGCAGCCCAAUAAUUAACACACUGACUGCAUUUUGUCAUCAAUUUAAGUUUCCAUGGAGUUGGUUUAUCCUAUUUAAAGGAUUAUUGACCUGUUAUGAACUCAUUUUGUUUUUUUCCUCCGUUUAAACUUUGCAGGAACGAAAUGAGGUCUUCAGCUGGUAAACAGGCUAUAAAGGAGUUCUUCAUUCAAAUGAGAAAAUCCUUCAGUGAAACUGUAUGUUGUGACUAAACACAUAGGGCCUCCUCCAUGCAUGCUCUUUCCUACUGAUGAUGAUGAUGAUGAUGAUGAUGAUGAUGUUGAUGAUAAUGUUGAUGAUACUGAUAAUGAAUACUAUAAUUCUAAUAAUAAUAAUAGCUUGAUAAUGGUUUAAUAUUGAUAAUGAUCAUUAAUGAUAUUGAUAACAUAAUAAUAAUGAUGAUGAUGAUGAUGAUGAUGAUGAUAAUGUACAAGGUAGAAAAGGAGUGGGGUUGUUGCAAAUCACAAUGCUUUUACCCUUUAAAUAUGUCAAUGAUCCCAACUGAUUAAAAACAGUUAAGGGUAUUUUAUGUUGGAUUUAUGAGUCAGCUUCAAUACAUGCACAAAAAGCUAGGACCUAGUGAAUGCAUUAUACAUGUACCUAGAAGAUUAUUCUUUGGCUCUUUUUUUUCUCCUUUGUCCUCGCAACUGUUUAUUUAUGUAUUUAUUGUCAUACUAUUAUAGGUAUUUAUUUAUUUAUUUAUUGAGCCUGCCUCUCCUUAUGAUUUCAUUGUAAAUUGGCCUUUGGCAUAAAAACCAAUAUUUGGAUGAAUUUCUUAUGCGGUGUACAUCUGGUCUUGUUUGAUAUCCAUUUCUAUAUGUGAUAUAUUUUUCACUCUCCCAUAAAUUAUUUUGCAGAUUGAUAUUUACAAAGAAAAUCACAUGCUGAAAGCUGACCUCAGAAAGGUACAGUAUGACAGAGAUAUUUUGCUUUGUUUUGUUACUAUCUUUUCUGUUAGAGUUAGAUUAUGGUAAUGAAUCUUGACUACAAAGUAAAGAAAUUAAAGGCUAAAUGACCAAAAAUCCCUAACACAAAAAACUGUAACAAUUCUUAAUAAUAAUUAUGGACUCAAAGAUGAGAUCUUAUUGAGUUUAGUAAAAUAUGACAUCCAGGUUUCAAAGAAAAUCAGUUAUACAGCUUGUUCUUUGGGCAAGCUGUAGCUAGCAUGUUCCAGCCCAAGAGUCACUUUAACUAGCCCACCCAAAAUUUUUGAUUAUAGUACCUCUGUAAUUUCAAUUCCCCCAAAAAACUUCACUUUAAAACCCAUUGGGCAAGUUAACAACAGAAUUCACUUGCCUGAUAGCAAGAUCCACCAGCCCCUGGCAACGGACAUGACUUCUUUGUUUCUGAUAAAGUAAAGGUACACACGAGCUUAGGGCCCAAACAGCCAGAGCUUAUCCCAGUUUCUUUAGCUUGAAGCAUGCCUAGGAAUAUUGCUACUCCCUCCUGGAUGGGAUGUUGGUCCAUCACAAGGUUACUCCCAGCAGUAUGUCGCUGCUACCCAUUUAUAUACCUGGGUGAGGGGAGAAAAAGUGGAGUAAAGUUUCUUGUCUAAGGAAACAACGCGACGGGCGGGGCUUGAACCCCAGACCUCCAGAUCCGGAGUUUGAGGUGUUAACUGCUCAGCCACACAUUCCUCCACAUAUUUUGGUUAAGGCAUUUCACUUAAUUUGAUAAAUAGAAUGAAAAUGAUUGAUUUCAAAGAUGAGAUCUUGAUGGCAUUUGGAAUAAUAUGGCAUCUUGUAUUUUUGUGAGCAUUUCAAUAAUAUUGUCAAUUCAAUAAAAAGUGCCAUCAUAAUUAUACUAAGUUAUUACUCUUAUGUCUGGUCAAGGGCUCUCUCUCUGUUAUUUUUUUUGUAAGAAUGUACCCCACUACAAUUCUCUCACAUUGAUGGGUCGUUGGCAUCUAGCUGCAAGCAUGAUAAAAACAAGACCUGUCACCAAAGGGUGGAUGAGCUACUUAUGAGCCAAUGGGCAGCAUGCAACCUUGAGUUUGGAAAACCUCAAUGCCAAACCAGUUCCCGAUAUUCUGGUGGUAAGGGCCAGUCAAGCAAUCAACCAUUAAUUUCAGGACAUUCCCAUGAUUACCUUUCAGGCAAAAUCAAAGGUGAACAAGCUUCGUAAAGAACUCCUAAGUGUUCAACAAAAACGGACAAGGUAGUUUUGUGCAUAAAAGAAUGUUAUAAUUUCUAUUUGCCUGAAAAUAAAUAAAUUUAUAUUCAGCAUGGGUAGUGGUACCCUGCGAGCAGAAGCUACAUUUCGCUGUGUGAGCUGGCGUGCGAAAAGUAGCCUCUGCCAACAAUCAUUCAAAUCCGUCCAGAAAUCUGGAUGAAUAAAUUUUAAAAAACAGGUUUUUUCCUGUUCUUGACCAGUUUAGAGCAUUGCGUAGCAAAUCAAAGUUGUCAGAUUUUUUUUUAUUCCUGUGAAACUUACGCCAUUUGACGACAAACCUGAUGAUUGAUUUCGCUUGCAAAUCACGUGACAAAUUUUGCACACGCACGAUAGAAAAUUGAACAGUUGUCAGCAGAGGCUACUUUUUGCACACCAGCUCACACAGCAAAAAUGUAGCCUCUGCUCGCAGGGUAGGGUAGUGGGUACAGUGUAUUAAAAAGAUGUUCAGGGACAUCCUUUACUUGAAUCCUCAUACCCUUUUAUUAUGAGUGCCAUUUAAACCUCUCUCUCCCAAGAAUAGGAGUAAACUUCUAAUUGUUGGGAGGUGAAUGUUACUUGACCAUUUUUUCCAAAAUAAAAGAGAAACAAAAUGAUAGUACCAUCUGAAUGGGAGAGACAAUUAAUUAUUAGUCUGGGGAGGUUAAGUUGUUUGCUAGUCUGCACCACGGGAUUCUAGAAUUACAUACCAAUAAAAAUACAGUGAAACCUCUAUUAAGCGGACCCCCAAUUAAGUGGAUACCUUCUAUUAAGCGGACACUAAGCUGGGUCCCGAAACGAACGUCUGAUAUUUCGCUUUAUAACGAACCCACAUUCAGCGGGCAACUCUAUCAAGCAGACGCGGACAACAAAAUAAGUUGUAUUUGGCUAAUAUCUAUUGUUAAAAACCUCUAUUAAGUGGACACCAGACUGAAUUGACAAUAGUAGUGUUGGGUUACAUCUUUGAAAUAAAAACUGAAGUUAGUUAAUAAUUUGCGUUUACAAACAAAUUAAAGUUGGUAAUGAAAGGUAAUGAACUUGAACUCUGGAUAGCUUCUUUAAUAACAUGCAACUUUAUCACAGUACAGAGUAACCAUUGAUUGUUGAUAGUUAACAAACAUUGUACAAUUUUUACAGCCUCUAUAUUAAGCAGACAGCCUCAAUUAAGUAGACACUUAGGAAGGUCCCGAAGGUGUCCGGUUAAUAGAGGUUUCACUUUAGUACCAUUGGAUGAGGAAGUACUGUUGUAGAGGUUUUAUGUGAAUCUUUCGCACUUUGGUGACUCUGGGAAAGAGCGUUAAAGUUAAGGAGAGAAUUUUGUUUCUGUAAAUGAUAAAAUAUUAAUGUUUUUUUCUCUGUUAUACUAGGAUUUCAGCAAAGCUUGAAAGUGAGAAAAAGAAACUACAAGAAAGCAGUGAGAGACAAAAGGUUUAAAAUAAAAAAAUGGUUAUUACCCAGCUUAAUAGUUUGUGGCUUUGCAGUUUUCUAGGUUGAUCUGACUUCCAAUGUGACUGGUCAAAACACAGUUAACAUUUUGACUUGAAAAAAAUUUGGGUGUUUGACAAUUUGUUCUGUUUUUAAGUCUGACAGUAAAAUGAUUUUUUAAAACAAUUUACUAGGUGCUGGAAGACUUUAGCUCAUUCUUAGUCAAACUUCAAGCUUUGCAUGAAGAGUGCCAAACAGACCCAACUGCAAAGAAAGGAUCCAAGGUGGUAAGAAUAGCUUUUCAAUUAAUUUUAUCCUUGUAGAAUGAACAAUUUGACUCAAAUUCUUGAAAUUUAGAAGGCUAAAUGGAAAGCACCCCAGAAAAACUACUUUUAUCGACAAGUUACUUAUGUUAUUUAAAUAAAGAUCUCAGCUUACUAAAUAGAUGUUAUUUUGUGACAUUUUUUGCCUCUAAUUAAUUUAAAUAAUACUGUUGAGUGAAAACUUAAAAGUGGAUAUCAGUUUAGGGAUCCUCAAUCUCUCUCAGAAAAGGGGCUACAAAGUUUACCAUAUGAUAGCGAGGUUUUUGUCUAUUUAACUUUUGAAAUCUGUGUGCAAAAUCAUACAGUGUUAUCAUUCAAAUGAAACAUCUUUUUAUUAUGAUUUUACUAAAAGAAAUUCUUGAAUUUUUUGUCAAAUUUAUUUUUAUUUGGCCUACUGUAGCUCUGUUAGGAGUGAAAGAUUAUUGAGAAUUAGAUCUCAGUCCUUGCCGAUCAUGAGUUAAGAUAGGUCUUAAAACAGAGGUCAUAGUAAUGUACAUUUUAAUUAUAACUUUGAUACUGGUUUUUCAGGACUAUGGGUCAUUCAGCAACCUUCCUAGUUUGAUCAUUGAAGGACAUGGCUUAUUGACAGCCGCCAAUCAAGUGAAUUCCAUCAAUGUCACAGGGCAACAAAGGAUAUAAUUGUAAUCCAAAUGGAUUUUUGAGGAGUGUAAUGUCAUGUAAAUAAAGAGGUAGUUUAUUUUGUUUAAAAUACCCUUUUAAGAAAAUAAAUAAAUUUAUGUUAUAUAUUCUCGGAAGUAAUUUUAGUACUAAUGCUAGUGGGGACAAGCAAAUGCUUGAAACAGAUAAUAAUUUAAAUCCAACAUAAUGGGGUUAAGAAUCCCAACUGGCCGUGAGCAAACCAGUUGGCUAUUUACAAGCAUGGUCAAGAAUUGAACUCAGGAGGACUGAGAACAAAUCCAGGUAACGGUCACGCGUGGACUCCAAAUUGCAAAUCCAGUGCUCUAACCACUUAGCUGCCUCCUGCAGCAAUGUAACAAUGAUUGAUAAACAUGAGUAAUAAAUAUAAUUAGUAAGAGAUGAAGUUUUUCAGAUUUGAGAUCUAGAAUUUUCGGAACAUUUGACGUAAAAUUUCUUGCUUGCCUGCCUCUCUUAGGAUUUUCGAACAUCUAAAAAAUUGGUAUAAUUGCCCAUUUUUAUCAGAUUUUUACCCUAAAAAGGUCUCCUAGAAUUUUCGGGAGCCUUUUUUCUGGCUGAAAUUUUCGAAAAGGUAAGUUUUGAUCCCUAUAAUUUUCGGAUCACUAGAAUUUCAGCUAGCAAAUCCGAACAGAUGAAAAAUUUUUAUGGGAUAAAAAUAUGCCUGUAUCUACCCGUUACACACUAAAAUACGUUUAACAAUGCUAUGUUUAAGUGAUUUUGAACUAUAUUCUCAUUGGGUGCCCCCUGGACAGUGACAAGCAGCUGUGCAGUUGAUGGAUAUAUUUUUUAAUGCAGAUAUCUCACAUGCUUGGUUAACAUUGAGUACAGACAAAAUUAUUGACAAACCUUCACUAAAGGCCACCUCUCUACAAUGGCCACGUCCCUACAAUGACCACUUUUUUAGCAGACAGUCCAUACAUUGACCCUUGUUUUAAACCUCUCUACAACGACCACCAUCCUCUGCCCCAAACGCGGCUGUUGUGCAGAGGUUCUACUGUUAUUUUUAUUUGUCGUGUGGCAGCAUCUCCUGUUUAUAACCAGCUUUGUUGGUAAAAAAUCUGUAAUUUUUUUAAUUUACUUCUGUCCAGUCAUCCAGCAAGAUGCCCCCUCAUGUACUCAGCCAAAAAUAUUGUUGUGCUGUGUAGCUCCAGUGAGAUACAAAAGCUAUUUAGGUUUCUUGGAAACUGACCACCCACCCAUCCCUUAAGUCAACAUUAUCACUUACUUCUCACUUAGGGCAAAAUGUUGGUUUAGGGGAGGGGUAGGUGAGAAGUUUCCCAGAAUUGAUUUAUGACUAACAUGGGUCAUUUUAUGGCUCAGUCUAUGAUGCUCUAGAUUAUCCAGAUCUGAUCAUCCCCCACUCCUCCCCCCUGUACCUCAUCCAUGCACACACGUUACCCAUAAUACACCUUUCCAGGAGCUGUUCUUGAAUGCUGUGGCCUGGAACAAAACAUGCCUCAAUGAACUUUAAAGAAAAGUAUCGUAAAUUAUAUGCACAAAACGGUUUCAGAAUGUUUAGUUUGCGGGAUUGGCGCGCGCGUUGUUCCUUUACGCGCAAGACUAAGACCAGGGUGACCCCCUUUGGAAUUUUUGGCACGUCACACAAAAAUCUUCACCAAGAUUGCGUGACAAAUCAGUUACGUUUCCAGUGGUUUUGCUGUAUUGGCUGUAAACGACCACGGUGAGUACAUACUAUGGUUUUAACUUUUGAGUGUAAGGUCAGGCGGUGCUUAACUGAUCUUUUGAAUUGUUCCUCUAACACCUUUCAGCUGAUUUCUUUGUUCGAAAACAGACGCCACGCGAAACCAAGCUGGAGCACAGUGACGCUUUACUCCAUAUAUGGAAGCGCGCUUUGUUGGCUUCCGUCAGUUGAUUGGUUAAUCCGCACCCUGACGGACGCAAACGCUUCACGCUAA